CACCGUUGUCUUCUUACCUUUUAUCACAACCUACUCUUACUCUCCUUCCUUCACCCCUCCGUCCCGCCCCUUACCCCCCUACCCCUACCCCCUACCCCUUCACCGCCAUUGCUGGCCCCCCACACCUGAUUGACAUCAACUACCAGCCCUCAUACCUGAAAAGACUACACUCCGUCUUAUUUGUCCCACUCACCCUAAGAAAAAACAUCUCCGUCCUCUUCCCUUCUUUUUCAUCAUGAAGUUCGCAGCUGCCCUUUUGAUCCUCGUUUCACUCGUUGCUUCGGCUACCGCCCACAUAGCUCUACUGUACCCCACUCCUCGUGGUGGUUAUGGCACCAAGGCCUACAAUGGUCGUGUCCAUACCUGGAUUGGUUACAAAGAUAAGACCUGGACACAACGUUUCCCCUGCGGCGGAUACCCUCCAGGCCCUGUCACCAGAAUGAAGGCUGGACAGGUCAUUCCUGUACGCUUUUUGGCAUCUAGUAUGAAAGCGAAGGACAUAAAGAGCCAGCCCAAGUUAACGAGCCCUAACCGCCAGUUCUCUCAGGCUCGCCAUGGUGGUGGAACUUGCGAGUUCUCGCUAUCGUACGAUGGUGGAAAGACAUACCGACUUAUCGGUAGAUACACCAGAUCUUGCCCUGAUGCAUACUACGAGUGGCCCGUUAGAAUCCCCAAAAACGUUCCUUCUUGCACCAAGAAGAACCAGUGUCUCUUCGUCUGGUCUUGGACUGCCAACAUCCUUGCUCAGUACUACCACAACUGCGCUGAUAUUUACUUGACUGGUGUGAAAGGUGGCAAGUUGCCCAAGGAGGGUAUCUCCAUUGUUGACUUCAAGCCUUACAAGAUGCGUGUCACUGCUCCUGGUGACGGCAGCAAGCACAAGGCUGGUCCUGGUCCCACCAAGAAGCAGAUCAACGAUAACAUGAACGGCAGAUACUAAGUGCUUGUAAAUCAGUUUCGCGUUCUUGACCCUUUUUCGUUGAUUAUGAUAAAAAAAAAAAAAAAGUCAUAUCCCUGUAGUUUUACUUUUUGAUUUUUAUUUGAAUAUCCCUCCAGACUUUUUUUUUCUUCACCUCCUUUCCUAUUCCUUUCAGUUGACCUGAAAAAGAAAGUGUAAAAUAGGUGUAAGAUAGAAAGAUAAAGGCGACUCGCAUAGUUAAGGCUUAUAUGGAUGAUGUAACAUUGGUCCCUGGCGGAUUGAUAAUAGAACUAUUUAUAAGUCUUAGUUGUUUGUUCAAAGUGUUUGAAUAAAUAGAUAAAUAAAAUUACAUGUUAUGAC